AUGAAGUCUGUUAUGCCUUCUAUUAUUUCAGAUGUUCAAGGUGCUUUUAUGCAGGGUAGGCAAAUUCAUGAUGGAAUUCCGAUUUCCUCAGAACUUAUUAACUCAAUAUUAACACAACAACUUACAGGUAUUAUUUGCAAAGUGGACUUCGAAAAGGCUUUCGACAAUGUAAAUUGGGGGUGUGUCGAUAAUACUCUGGACAUAUUUUGCUUUGGUUCUAAAUGGAAAAACUGGUGUAUAUCAACUCCUAGGUUUGUUGUUCUAAUCAAGGGUGAAGCGACUAAUUUAUUUAGAAGCGAAAAAGGGAUCAGGCAAGGUGACCCUAUAUCACCAUUCCUAUUUAUUCUGGUUGCUGAGGUUCUUUCUUUGAUGUUCAAAUCUGCCGCUGCUCGAAACCUUGUUUCUGGCUUCAAGGUAGCUCCUCAAGGUGAUGAUUCACUCUGCAACCUCUUAUUUUACACUCAGUCUCUGCCCCAAACUCUCAAUAUCCUUCUAGGAUUCCCAGAAACUUAUUUAUACCCAUAG